ACAUCUCAAGUGUUCUCUUGUAAACACAACCGGUUGGAAAAGCUAACAUGAAAACUUCUCUGGUCCUCGCUCUCCUGGUGGCCUCCCUCGGCCUCGCCAUCGCCAGGAGGAACACCGUCUUGGAAUUCGAAGCUGACGACCACUCGAGGGAGGUGGUAGGGCAUCCGGGCGUCAGCGUUGAGGGAUCUUACAGCUGGACAUCCCCCGACGGCAUGAAAUACACGGUCGAAUACAUCGCUGACGCACUGGGUUACCGCAUCACGAGCUCCAACGCCGUUCCGAUGACUCAGGGAGGCGUCAAGGCGGACGGGAACCAAGGGUCUUUCGACUCCUUGGAAGCAUAGAUUCGCGAAGUGGAAGGUCUUCGGGUCUUCGAGGCUUCGGGACUUCGAGGCUUCGAGUCUUCGGGUCUUCGGGUCUUUGAGGCUUCGAGCCUUCGAGCCUUCUUGCGUCUAAGUGUGACGUUCUGGCGAUCCUAGUCUCCUGUUUGUGUGUAUUUCGAUUUGGAAUGUUGGGUUGUCUGAGUAGUUUUGGAGAUGUGAUAUAUAUAUAUAUAUAUAUAUAUAUAUAUAUAUAU